GAGAGAGAGAGAGAGAGAGAGAGAGAGAGAAAGCAGCAGAAGGAAGAUAUUCGGAGGGAGAAGGGGCAGGGGCUGCUGGAGUAGCCUGGAAAAUACGGCAGCUGCCCGGAAGAUCAUAGCAAUCCCACGCUGUGGGGGGAGAGGGGAGGCUUUCCCCAGGGAGGAGGGGGAUGCCCCUCGCAGAACUAAGCCCUUCUCAGAGAGAUGCUGCAGUUGGGGCUUUUGAAAAAACCUGGAUGCUAAUACACAGUGAAUUAUAAGAAGGGGUGGGGCGGCAGAUUCCAGAAUUGGGGCCAAAGAAACCCCCAAAGACGCCUACUUGUGAGCCACACCCCGGAAUGGAGAGAUCCACGGAAAUACCAGUUACUUUUUGAAAGGUCCCCAAGCAGAAAUGAAAUACUUUGGACAGGAGGAUAACCCUAUGGGCUGGCAGGCAUCAUUGUCACCCCAUCAUUGCCUCUAUUGAUCCUCAGUACCAAUCCAAUACCGGGACCUUGGGCGCCCAUUGGAAGGAAGCUCUCAAGGUCUCUUAACUGGCAAUGUGGACCUACCUGCUGGCCAUCUCUAAAGCCGUGUAGAUCAGCUCAAGAAGUUUUGGGUCACAAUCCUCUUUACAAAGGGAAAAGGUCUUUUGGAGCACCUUGAGAGCCAGGAGUUCGGCCAUACUUCAUCCUGGACUUUUGCUGUCCUCACAGAAUUUGCUCAGAAGAAGGACCCGGUGAGGUGAGCUCCUGGGGACUGGUGACCACUGAGGUCCGAUCAUCAACCUCUCCCUCCCAAGGCUCUCUGCUAGCUCGAGGACUUGCCUGGCAGCAAUGUUGCAGUGUAAGCAUGCCGAGGAGUUCAGUUUUGGUCCCCGGGCCCUAAAGGAUGCCCUUAUCUCCACCAACCCUGUUCUACAGGAACUCUAUGCUAAGGCGUUUUCCACCACUGAGAGACUUUUCCUCUCUGAAGCAUACAACCCACAGAGGACUCUCUUCUGUACGCUGGUCAUCAGGACUGCCUUUGACUGGCUCCUAAGCCACCCUGAUGCCCCAGAGGACUUUGAGACCUUCUACCACUCUCUCCUAAGGAGGAAACAGAGCACGUGCCGGAAGCAUAUUUACCUACAGCCAAUAGAUCUAAGAGAAGGACCUGUGGGGAGUUCCCUCCUGGACUGUCUCCGGGGAUGUGUGGAAUCUUUCUUCCUGGGGCUUAGGGUGAAGUGCCUUCCCUCCGUACCAAUCUCUUCCAUCCACUGCUGCUUCCGUCACAAUCGGGAUUCUGACAGGAUGCAGCUCCAUGCGGAUAGCAUUUUGACCUUCCUGAAAAACAAUAAACCUAUGGAUGCCCUGUGUGUGCUGGGCCUCACACUCAUGGACCUGUACCCCUGUGAAAACUGGAGCUUUACUUUUGGCAAAUCACUUCUGGGACAAGAAGUAGGAGUCUGCAGCUUUGCCAGGUUUUCAGCUGAUUUUGGCCAGGCUCCAGGGGCUGAGGAGAUGCCGGAGAUAACCCUGAGGGACAGAAAUCGGACAUUAUUCUUCAGCAGUCUGGAGAUGAUUCAAUGCUGCAAGGUCGCUUGUCAUGAGAUCUGCCACCUGAUUGGCUUGGGAAAUUGCCGCUGGCUGAGCUGCAUCAUGCAGGGAGCCCUGAGUUUGGAUGAGUCCCUCCUCCGGCCCUUGGAUCUUUGCCCAAUCUGCCUUCGCAAGCUGCAGUAUUUCACUGGAUUCAAGCUCAUUGAGCGAUACAAGAAACUCUAUGCUUGGAUUCAAACUGUGGCUGUGACGUGGCCCAGUCAGGAGGCAGGAGACUCGUCUGUGUCCGAGGAUGUCCUCCCCUUCAGCUCAGACUCAGGAAUGGGCUGUGAGAAUGACUCUGAAGCUGUCACAAGCCUGUCGGAGCCCCUCACCCCUGACACAUGCAGUCAUGCUUUCUCCAUUGGGCAGGAGCUCGAGCCUGAAGAGGGAAUGUGUUCCCUGGCAGACCUAGACAGCCAGCAACAGCUAGGAGACCCUGCUGGAGCUUCAGAUAUCAUCAAAGAUCAUGAACUGUGGCUGGCAACAUGCAUCUCUGCCCUGGAGAGGGAUGUCUCAGAGGAAGAGCUGGCUGAAGUAGAUGAGGCUGUGGAUGCCCUCGCUAGGUGGGACAUGUUCACAGGGCAACUCCCAGCCCCCAGAAAGGACCUGCCUUUCAGUAGAGACAAUGUAGGGCUACGAAAAGUCCUGGGGGACAAAUUCUCCUCCUUACGACGGAAGCUGAGCACAAGAAAACUGUCCAAAGCUGAAACCUCCCCUUGUAGAUGGAAGUGGGAAGACAAUUAGUAUAGCAAUACCACGCCUACCUUUCUUGACUCCUUUUUUGUUCCGGGUAGAAAAAAUUUCUCUUUUCCAUUUAUCAUUCCCUUUUUCCUCUUGAGAGCUGUUAUAUUUACACAGAAAACUGAGUUGAAAAGUAACCAAGGGCUCUAUGGAUGUAUCAGUGGGAUUCCAUUCCUCCCCACAAAUGCCUAUUUGUAUUAGAUUACAGAAUAAGAUUUAGUUUCUACCAUUUCCUUUACAGAAUCACAGAUCAAUAUUAGAAAGAACUCAGAGGCCAUCUAAUCCAACUUCUAUCUAAUCCUUCAUCCAUCCCCAAAUAGCCUUUGCUUGACAAACUGAAAGUGAAGGGAAACCCAAGGCAGACCAUUUCAUUUUGAGACAGUUCCGACAGUUAGGAAGUUUCAAACUCACAGAUUUUAUUCUGCCCACCUUUCCUCUCCCCUUCCCCAAAUCCCAACUCUAGACCUCAGACGUCCUUAGAGAUCCAGACGCUGAGCUGAGGUCAAAUGAAGUAACAUGGAAAGAGCCUUGUAGACCUUAAAGUGCUAUAUAAAUGCCAUUAUUAUUAUUAUUA